AUGGGAUGUUGUUAGGAUCGAAUUAAUGUAACUCUAAAGGCAAAUGAAGUAAAACCCUUAGCAAAGGCGCCCAUAAUCUUUCACCCUCAUAAGGGAUAGAGUAUGGAACCAAUGAAAAUUUCAAUCAUUGGAGAUAUGGAUAAAAUGGACAUCUUUGACGACUUCCCUUCAGCCAUGCCCUCUAUCACAUAAAUCGAUCAAAAGACGACAUCGAAAUUAAUCCUCUCUCGCGAGUUCAAGGAAACCAAAGAAUUGAAAUCGACGUCAAUUUCUGAAACUGUUAUAAUCGAUUUGAGAUCAGCUUCAUGCCUCUAAAGCCCUCUCAAACCAAUAACAGAAAGAAGAUCGAGCAAAAAUUUAAAUUAAAAGUUCAUAGGGAUGCUUUGAUUUGAUAAUAUUUGAAUAGAAAUGAAUAAAAUUUUAUAAAUCAAAGAAA